GGACGCCGAAAGCUGACACUUCUCGUGAGAAAAAAAAAAGAAGAAAACUCCACUAGACAGAAUCAAUGGUUUUUUUACGACUAUCCGGUGCCGCCGAUUAGGCCACUCUGCUCGCUCGCGCAGUUCGAGCCAGCGUGCCACCUGCGCCAUCGUCAGGCCGCGCUGUCCCCCGUGGCCGUAACCACCACCUGAACGGAAGGGAAUUUUCAGUUUCAGCCGGAGAAUCGGGAGGCGAUGAUGGGGUCUCGCGCUCGCCUCGUCUCCCUCCUCCUAGCCUUCCUCCUCGCGCGCGCCGCCGAGGCCGGCGGCGGCAGCGGCAGCAGGUACCUGACCAAGGACGAGCGGUGGAUGAACCAGCGCCUCGACCACUUCUCGCCCACUGACCACCGGCGGUUCAAGCAGCGAUACUUCGAGUUCCUGGACUACCACCGCGCCCCCGGCGGCCCGAUUUUCCUCCGCAUCUGCGGCGAGUCCGCCUGCGGCGGCAUCCCCAACGACUACCUGGCCGUGCUCGCCAAGAAGUUCGGCGCGGCGGUGGUGACGCCGGAGCACCGGUACUACGGCAAGAGCUCCCCGUUCAAGCGGCUCACUACCGAGAACCUGAGGUUCCUGUCGUCGAAGCAGGCCCUGUUCGACCUCGCCGUCUUCCGCCAGUACUACCAGGAAUCCUUGAAUGCUAGGUACAACCGCACGGGAUUUGAUAAUCCUUGGUUCGUCAUCGGGGUCUCCUACUCCGGCGCUCUCAGCGCCUGGUUCAGGCUCAAGUUCCCCCACCUGACAUGUGGGAGCCUUGCGAGCUCAGGGGUGGUACGGGCGGUGUACAAUUACACUGCCUUUGACAAGCAGGUUGGAGAGUCGGCUGGGCCUGAGUGCAAAGCUGUCCUUCAGGAAAUAACGAAACUUGUUGAUGAACAGCUCCGGACGGACAGCCGCUCGGUGAAGGCUCUGUUUUCAGCACAGGCGUUGAAAAAUGAUGGUGACUUCCUCUUCUUCUUGGCAGAUGCGGCAGCGACGACGUUCCAGUAUGGGGAUCCAGACUCCGUGUGCUCUCCACUAAUAAAUGCAAAGAAGAGCAGGAAAAACUUGGUGGAAGCAUAUGCUCAGUUUGUGAAAGAUUAUUACAUCAAAGAAAUGGAGACACCACCAUCUUCAUAUGAUCAGGAAUAUUUGAAGGACACAACUCCCAAUGAUUCCAGUUCUAGGCUCUGGUGGUUCCAAGUUUGCAGUGAGGUUGCCUUUUUUCAAAUCGCACCCAAAACGGAUAGCGUUCGUUCUGCAAGGAUCGAUACGAGGUACCAUUUGGACCUAUGCAGAAAUGUUUUUGGGGAAGGCGUUUAUCCUGAUGUGUUCAUGACAAACUUGUAUUACGGAGGCACAAGAAUCGCUGCUUCUAAAAUUGUGCUUACAAACGGCUCCCAAGAUCCAUGGCGUCAUGCCUCCAAGCAGAAAUCGUCAAAAGGCAUGCCGUCGUACCUAAUGAAAUGCAGCAAUUGCGGACAUGGCACUGAUUUGAGGGGUUGUCCUCAAAGCCCUUUCAGGAUUGAAGGGGACUCCUCAAACUGCUCAUCUCCCGCAGCAGUCAAUGCAGUAAGGGAGCAGAUCGCCAAGCACAUGGACCUGUGGUUAUCGCAAUGCCAAAAACCAUCCGCGUCAGGGGUGUGACGACGGUUUACAGUUACAGUAGCUAUUCCGUUGGGGAAAAGAGGGGAGCGGAGGUUUGCAGAUCCUGGAGGAAUCUCGUGUUGCAAUACAUAGCUAUUCUGGAGUCUUGACUACGGCUAUGUGCAUUUCCAGAUGCGCAGCUUCUACGUCAUAAGAUGCAUAUGGACGAUAUUCGGAUGCAGAAACGGGGUAGGAGUAGGACGAACUACUUUGGACAAGUUGUCAGAUCAGAGAACCUCUUCCACACCGAAGCGGAGAUAAAGAAGGCAGGACAGACUAUUACAAAGAUUCAUCUUUUUUUUUUCCAAACACGCCGUGAAGCCUCCUUAUCCGGAGUAGAUGAAUCUGCCUUAUGGAGUAGAUAUAAUUACCAAGCCCUGCUGCGGAUCUGAUAACGAAAUCUCCUUAUCCGGAUCCAAACAGUAGUCGAAGUCCUCGAU